CCAUGGCGGUACGUAAACAAAGUUUUAGGCAGAAACUUUCAAGCUUAGUAAUGGCAAAGUAGCUUCAGGUUCGGUGGAGACUAUUUGGGAUGCUUGCUAUGCUGAAGAAACCAUGACUGUGAGCGGCCACAUCAAGAGCUGUCGCCUUUUCAGUCUGGCUGGGAACCAACACAGAAACUAAACAUGGAUGAACAGCUCAACGAGAACCAAGAGAUACCCGUGCAUAUGAGCCACUGAGUACCCAGCAGCUCGAAUUGGCAACUCCAAGAAAUGCAGCUCUGCCCAGAGUUGAGCUGUCAGCUCUCGAGAAUCAAAUCGGAACCUUCCGACGCUGCAUGCCUAAUAGAAGAGGGACAAGGUCGAGCAACAGCACCACAGGAAGUCUGCAUCAGGAGUGAUAGUGGUGGAGCAAAAGGAAGCACACCUGUUCUUCAUAUUGAGGACCAGCCCAGGAGCACUUGCAGUCGAGCACCCUCAGGUUGCAGUUCCCCAAAUGCACAGUUCAAGAUCAGCGCAACAACGGUUGAGCCACAAUUCGACGACACUGCCCUUGUCACUACGCAUUGUCGACCCACAGAGCAACAUCCAGGCCAGAGGAAGCCACGUGCACUUGCAUGCGCAUCGAAAGUCAUGAAAUGCCACAUGCUCGUACACGGUCACAACGAGUCGGAAGAGUGUCCCACCGUAAAAGACAUCCAGAUGGGAGAGGAGGACGUCGACCUCUCUCCUGCUACCUUCUCCCAGUCCGAGGGUACCAACAAAUUUUUGCUGAACCAAAGUGGCGAGAAGCCAUACAAGUGCAAUAUCUGCCCCGCAGACUUCAGACACAGCACGAGCCUUUGGCGUCACAAGCUGACACACACGGGCCUGAAACAAUACAAGUGCGACCUCUGCCCCGCAGUGUUCGGCCGGAGCUCCAAUCUCCGGCGUCACCAGCAGAAGCACACGGGAGAGAAGCCGCACAAGUGCAACCUUUGCCCCGCGGAGUUUAGGCAUCAGCACCACCUGAAGAAUCACGUACGGGUCCACAGCGGCGAGAAGCCGUACAAGUGCGACCUCUGUCCCGCAGAGUUCAGUCAGAGCACGAACCUGCGGUGUCACGAACGGACGCACACGAACGAGCAUCCCUACAAGUGCGACCUCUGUCCCGCGGAGUUCAGCCACAGCACGAGCCUGCGCAUUCACCGAAGGGCACACACGGGUGAGAAACCGUACAAGUGCGACCUGUGUCCUGCGGAGUUCAGCCAGAACGCCACCCUGCAGAAUCACAGGCGAACGCAUACGGGCGAGAAGCCGCACAAGUGCGAUCUCUGUCCUGCGGAGUUCAGCCAGAGCACGAGCCUGUUGCAUCACAAGCUGACACACACGGGCGAGAGGCCACACAAGUGCGAUGUCUGCCCCGCGGAGUUCAGCCGCAGCACCCACCUGCAGCGGCACAAGUUGACACAUACUGGCGAGAGGCCGUACAAGUGCGAUCUGUGCCCUGCAGAGUUCAGCCGGAGCGCGUAUCUGCGGAAUCACGAGCGGACACACAUGGGCGACUUCGCUAGCAAGGCAGUGAUAUGCAAGAGGAACAAGGACAACCCCCACCUGAAGUUGCCGGACAUUCAACAGUGGGCAAAGUCUGAACUUGGUCUCGACAUUCCGAAGUCUACGAUGGCGGAUAUACUCAGCCGUUCGGACAAAUGGCUUAGGGCAGACAAAGAAAACGAUGAUGACACGACGACUGAUGACGGUGUGAUUGCUGCUGUGGCCUCCGAUGAUGUGGAGCAAGACGGUGCCAAUGACGCCAGUGAGAAAGAAGGCCCCGUUGAGGAAGAAGCCCCCGUUGUGACCGUUGAACAUACGAGAUCGGCAUUAAGGACUGCACUGACAUUCUUCGAGCAGCGCAACAACGUGGCUCUAAUCUAUGCAAUUAGCAAAACUUCUCUCUGGCAUCAGUUGAGAAACAUAGGAAGCGAACACGGGUCACUCUUCCAGGAACUGCGACUCGGCGUUUUAAUCGACGCACUGUUCAGCCUCUCAACGUCCUGCGAGGACGCGACAACCGUCUCGGGACAAAACUUCUCGUUAAACGAGAGCCAAAAGAUACCCGUGUGCUCAUGUGAUCAAGUACAAGCCCUCUCCUUACAACCGACAUACAUGGAACUGUCCCCAGACUUCAGCGAUCAGCUCACGAGGGUCAAAUCGGAACCUCACGAUGCCGCGUGCCUGCCGGAACAGGUCCAGGUCUGGCAGGAUAAUUGCAGCGAGUCUGCGUUAGGAGAUUAUUGCCAUGAGAUGACAGCAGGGGUGUGCCACAUCAACGAAAUACUCCCGGAUGACUCCUCAAGUGAGCGUCCAAUCAUAGAAGUGAAGACGGAGCCUUACAACACUCCCAUUUUGACGGGACGGGACCAGACGGGUCACGAUGCAACGUCAGAAGACACAACAGCAAGCACUGGUAUGCCUCAUAUUGAGGAUGAGUCCAAAGACAUUUGCCAUCCAGUGUCUUCUGGUUGCAACUCUUCCAAUACACAGUUAAACAUCAACGCAGCAACUGUUCAACCUCUGUUCGACAACACUGUCCCAGACUCCACGAACGGUCAGCACCCAGAUUCCAAGCCCAGAGACGAUCCACCACCUAAGAGAAAGGCGUCAUCUCAUAUCUCUGACCACAAGGAAGAUGGGAUGCAGAAGUGCAAUGUCUGUUUCACUAAAUGCGUUGAGGUUGACCUCAAAACUCAGGAUACGAAGACAUUUGCCUGCGACGCUUGUUCUGCACCAAUCCAUCAUGUGUCAGCCCAGCGAGUGUACGCGAAGCGUCGCAUGGUUGAAUCGUCAUUCAAGUGUGCGGUAUGCCCACUUGAAUGUGUGUCGCAGGGCAGCCUGAAUUGCUGCACGCUCGUACAUGAUUCCAACGAAUCGGAACAGCCCAUUCCAUCAAAGGACAACAAUGGAGACAUGAGCCGUGUGUGCGACCUCAGUUCAGCCAAAUUCUUCCAGUCAGAGAGUGGCAAAAGCCAAAGGCAGGAGCACACUGACGAGAUGCUGUACAAGUGCCAUCUAUGUCCUGCAGAGUUCAGCCAGAACGCAAAACUACGGCUUCACAAAAAGACACACAGAGGUAAGAAGCCGCACAAGUGCAUUAUCUGCCCCGCUGAGUUCGCUCACCUGUACCUGCUGAAGGAUCAUGUACGGACUCAUACCAGCGAGAAGCCAUACAAGUGCGUCCUCUGCCCCGCAGCGUUCAGCAGCAAAACACACCUGUGGCGUCACAAAUGGACGCACACGGGAGAGAAGCCACACAAGUGCAACCUCUGUCCUGCAGAGUUCAGCCACCCGUAUCUCCUGAGGGACCACAUACGAACUCAUACGGGUGAGAAGCCGUACGAGUGCAUUCUCUGCCAUGCGGCGUUCAGCUGCAGGACACACCUACGGUACCACAAACGAACACACUUGGGAGAGAAGCCACACAAGUGUGAUGUGUGUCCUGCAGAGUUCAUUCGCAGGACAGACCUACGGCGUCACGAGCGAAUACACACGGGCGAGAAGCCGUACAAGUGCGGCGUCUGUCCUGCGGAGUUCAGCCAGAGCGUAGACCUGCUGUAUCACCAGCGAAUGCACACAGGCGAGAAGCCGUACAAGUGUCACCUCUGUCCUGCAGAGUUCAGCCGGAGGAGAGACCUACUGUGUCACGUGCAGACACAUACGGGUGAGAACCCGUACAGGUGUGACCUCUGUCCUGCGCAGUACAGAGACAAUGCAAGCCUGUGGCGUCACAAACACACACACGCGGACGACAAGCCGCAAAAGUGCAAUAUCUGUUCCGCAGAAUUUCCGAGCAAUCUGGAACUGCGAAACCACAAGCAGACGCACACGGGAGAGAAGCCACAUAAAUGUGAUCUCUGUCCUGCAGAGUUCAACCGCGGCACAAACCUGCGACGUCACAAGCGAAUACACACGGGCGAGAAGCCGUACAAGUGUGACCUCUGUCCUGCAGAGUACAAGGACAGCACGAACCUGCGACGUCACAAGCAAAUGCACACGGGCGAGAAGCCGUACAAGUGUGACCUCUGUCCAGCGGAGUACAAGGACAGCACAAACCUGCAGCGUCACAAACGAACGCACAUGGAUGCAAAGCUGUACAAAUGUGGUAUCUGUGCUGCAGAAUAUGCAGACAGCGGGGGCCUACGACAUCACAUGUCGACGCACCUGCAAGAAGACAUAGAAGUGUUGCCUCUGUUGUGUGGGGUGCAGACACAGAACGGAUCUGAGGUGUUGGAAAUCCAAAAUGCAACAGCAAGUACUCAUAUGCUUCAUGUUCAGGACGAGCCCAAGGUUACUUGCGAUCCAGCACCGUCAGGUAGCCCGAAGCAUCCUGUCACGACGAAGGAUAAGAUAGGAGAGAAGAGGCUCAAGUAUGACCUUAAUUCAGCUUCGUCCUCGAGGUCUGAGUGUGCCCAGAACCACAUGCAGGAGCACACCGACAAGAUGCUCGACAACUGCGAUCUCUGUCCUACGGAGUUCAGCCACAGCACACAGCUGUCACGUCACAAAGGGACACACGCAGGAAAGAAACCGCACAAAUGCAAUUUCUGCCCCUCUGAGUUCACCCGGCUCCAGCACCUGAAGGAACACUUACGGAUUCAUACCGGUGAGAAGCCGUACAAGUGCAACCUCUGUCCUGCGGAGUUCAUUCGCAGCACGUACCUACAGAGUCACACGAAGACACACACGGGUGAGAGGCCGUACAAGUGCGAUCGUUGUCCCUCGGAGUUCAUCCGGCUCCACCAUCUGAAGGAACACAUACUGGUUCAUACCGGCGAGAAGCCGUACAAGUGCGAUCUGUGUCCUGCAGAGUUCAUCCGCAGCACGUACCUGCAGGUUCACAAGAAGACGCACACGGGCGAGAACCCAUUCAAGUGCAGUCUCUGUUCCUCCGAGUUCACGCGGCCCCACCACCUGAAGGAACACGCGUUCAUUCAUACUGGUGAGAGGCCAUUCAAGUGCGAUCUCUGUCCUGCAGAGUUCAUUCGCAGCACGAACCUGGAGGUCCACAAGAAGACACACACGGGCGAGAAGCCGUACAAGUGUAGUCUCUGUCCCUCUGAGUUCAUCCGUCUCCACCACCUGAAGGAACACUUACGGAUUCAUACCGAUGAGAAGCCAUACAAGUGCGACCUUUGUCCUGCAGCGUUCAGGCACAACUCGAACCUGCAGCGUCACAAGAUGACACACACCGGUGACAAGCCAUUCAAGUGCGAUAUCUGUCCUGCGGAGUUCACCCGGAGCACGUACCUGAAGCGUCACAAGGAGGCGCACACGGGCGAGAAGCCAUACAAGUGCGAUGCCCAUCUUGCUGUGUCACAAGUAGACACAUGGGUGUAAGGUCGCACAAGUGCGAUCGCUGUCCCUCUGAGUUCACCCAGCUGCACCACCUGAAAGAUCACAUAGGGACACAUAAUGAUGAAAAGGUGUACAAGUGCUAUCUCUGUCCUGCGGAAUAGGAUCUGGAGCACACACCUACAGUGUUUACAAAGAGACACACACGGGCUACAGGCACACAUGCGCCAGAAACUGUAUGUGUGAUAUUUGUCCUGCACACACGUACGGGUGAGAAGGCGUACAAGAAUAACCUAUGCCCUGUGGAGUACACACGUAGAGCAUGGACGAAUGCUGUUGCAAAUGAAAACACAUGAGGGAGUCUCAUACAAGUGUCCACACUGCCCUAUCAUGUGUCCUCAACCCGGAGGUCCCAAGAAGACGAAAGCCUUUUACAGAUGUGAACUGGACACCUUAACAGUGUGAUUUCAUGUUUAAAACUCACCUCACGUGCUUCAAUAGACGGAGGUUCAAAGGAGUCGUAAUCUGGCCGGAUUUGUGACGCGUAUCAGAUUCUGAUAAACCUCCGUGCUGGGAAGAUUAAGAUG